AUGCCUGCACCCCUCCAUUUCCUGGAGGUGAAGGUCAAGAUGAGCAUGAAGGGCGACUUAAGGGGACCUCUUGAUGAGGAAGGGCUGUGCCCUGCCCUGUCCAUCCUGCUCUGCUUGCAUGUGUCAGAGCUUGCAUUCGGUGGUGCAAUGAAUGAAGUUUUGGAGGACUGCCCCAUACAGCCCCUCAUUCCUCUAUAUUUGCUAGUGGGUGGGAUCGUCGGAGCCUUAAAGGUGUCUCUCCUGCUGUUUGAUGGCAUCAGGAUGAGGCGGCUUCCGUCCAAGCCUAUGGUGAUUGAUGACGACGAUGAUGAUAAAUACCCCUGGAGUCAGAGGCAGAAAUAUUACAUCCCCAUCCUUACCCUCUUUCUUUUUCUCUGGUUCAUUCUAGGAAAUUACUGGGUCUUUUCCGCAUACCUGCCUGGUUUUAUUCCCCCUUUCCAGCAGCCUCAGGGUUACUGGGACCAAACCCUGUACUUCUUUGCGGUCGGGGUCCCACAUUGUGCUGGGCUUACUUGUCCUGUGUGGUGA